GUGAGGGUGUGAACGGAGCACCAACGGGUGUGAAAGGAGCCUCACCCGUCCCUGGUAAGGCACCCCGGUCUUUGAGCACUACAGUCUGCAGCCAUCAAGGGGAGAGAUGCAACGAGGCAGACAGCUGUGCCGCAUUGUAUCAAGUUUAAUAACCCCUCAAGCCUUCAUUAAAUGUGUUCCAAGUUCGUGUUUCUCUUAAUCUCACCGACUCUUAACUCAGUUUUAUUAUCAUCUGUACCUUAUAUCCUACUUCAACUAUGCCUCUCAAUCUGACUCUGGAUGAUGAAUCUCUGCCUCUUACACGGAGUAUUGCAAAUGAGAACUUCCCGCAACAAGGCCAAAUUGACUGGGUGUCAUUAUCGCGAGGCACCAUUAACUUCUCCUUUGGCGUCCUCUCCAGGCUAUCUGCGGCGUCUGUGGAUCCAUAUACCCUCUCGUUGGGUCAUUUUAUCGGGAGUAAUUUCCAAUUUUCGUGCACUGGACGGCAGAACAUUGAACAAACGCUUAGAGGCCUCAAAUCCUUUGGUGGUGUUGGCGAUGUUCUCUGGUUCGGGUUCGGCGUCAAACAUCUUAUUCGUGCCAUAUCGGUUACCGAACAGGGUGCAAUGUUGGUUGCUCUCUGCGCAACGCUCGCAGAAUGCUUUCCAGAUGAGAUAAGCGCGGAAGUACUCAGCCACCUUGCGAAAGGCACCGCGGACUUGAAAGUUGUACCAUCAUUGAGCGAAUGGCGCUCCUUAGUGCGCUGUUGCGCGGGAACUGUCGCCACAACACCGUUUCCGUUGCGGGCAGAGACACUCAUGGGAGUUCAUGUUGGGAUCGCUACUGGAUCAUCCGUUGGAAACCCGGAUCCACAUGGCUUAGCAGAGACAUUGCUUGGUAUAGGCAAGCUCUCGCGCGGUGUGUGGAAGUCGAUCACGAUUACCGGACCAAGGGAGGUAGGGUGGAUUGCAGCAGUGGCUGAAUGGCUGUUCGGACUCACAGUCACCAUCCUCAACGAGGACGGCGACGUGAAAUAUUCGAGUAGUCGAAUUGACCAUGUCGCGAGCAUCAUUAUUUUACCCGAAAAUACGUCUGAAACAGUGGGAAAAGCUCCCAUGUUACACGUUGUGGAUAAAUCAUUCGAACUCCGCACCGCUCUGGACCUUUUUAACCUUAAUUCGAGUGUACCUUUAGGUGGCGAUAAUGUUACUCGCAUCUGUGGUCGAGUCAAGUGGCACCAGUGUUUGCAUGCGGCAUUUGGUAUCCACUUCGAAAAGCUGAUGACGAUGAAGACAACAUUUUGCGAGAUAUUUGCAAGUGCCUCACGGGUUUUCAAGGCCAUUGCGAAUUGCAAUAAAGACAUACAAACAGGGGACUCCUCCAGAAAUCGGCUCUAUACUGAUCGUUCCUUCGGCAUUGGACUUAUACAGCACUCGGCGAAUUGGCUCCCUGAACUCUCGCCUGCGGCGUCCACCAUUCAAAAUUGUUACGACAACACCCCAGAUGCGGAAGCUAGAAGCAAGUACGAGGCGAGGCUUGCGCUGCUGGCAGUGUCUUGUAAAUGCAGGUUAUGCGACCCACCAAAGAGUCGUGUGCGCAAAGAUGAUGCUGACCUUCGGUGCCUCGUUGUGAUCACCGAGACAAUAAUUGUGCUUUGCAGAUUAUUGUCGACGCUUGAACUUGUCGAAUCGCCUUUUCCUCUCCUGCGAGGUAUUCAGAAAUUGUACGGCGUGCAAGCGACCAGACGCUGCAGAUUUCGAGAUCAAGAGACAGAUAUGGGCGCGGUAGUGCAUAUACUGGAUGAUCCGCGCGUAGAAGGCACUGCACCGCUACUUGCUGCGCUAUCGCUCUUCGCUGGACGUUCAGCGCUCAACCUAGACAAGAACGUGAUAUGGCCUUGUGCGGUGUCAGCUGGAGGAAUCUGUGUUUAUCUGAAUACCCUUCAUGAGCCUUCUGAUGAUAAGGAGGUUGUAAACCAGAUCUGUGUGGUUCCAGGACAGAUCGAGUGCAACGAGAAGCCAUUCUACUGCGUUGAAGAUUGGCCUUACUCGAAUGAGAAUCUCUCUCGCUGGUUGGACGGUCAGGCAGAGUGUCGAAUGCGGGAACCCACAGGGGACGAGCGUUGGACCAAGAUGACUAACAGCUCUUUGAUGUGUAGUGUCAAGGUUGAAGUUAAGGAGACAGUUCGCUCUCUAGCCAUAAGAUACAACAUCAUGGAUGAUCGGAACCAGCCAACACACCUAUCUUUCAGCCCGAUGCUUUUGGCUCAAGGGGCUUCGCAUUCGCGCGGUCUAGUCCAUUGCCCAGAAUCGCAUCGGGUUCAACCCAUGGUUGCUUCUGGAAGCCCAUCUGAGGAGCUAUUAAAACGUCUCGAAGAAACAGGGAUCACAUUUCGUUUGUUGAAAGCUCCAGUGCUAGGGCGAUGCGCGGCAUUGACGAGUUUUGGUCACAAUCUGAUUCUUCAAGAGAAUGAGUGUCUAGACUGUUGCAUCAAAUCAGCUCUAAGCAGCGACAGCACUGAGAUUAUCGUCAUUUCACAAACCGAAAGAGGAAGCGCAUCUGACUCGGUGUUCAGCGAAAAUAGAUAGUAGUUUACUACCACAGAUAUUGAAUCAGACAUUUCACAAUCG